AGGAGCAACUGCGGCGCGGGGACAGAACCAAUUUUUCUCUCGCUGUCUGCCUCUGGUGGAAUCUUACCAGGUAUGCUACAGCCCAGGCUACUAGCGCCCAUCCGGGUGCUAGAACGAGUAUUCACGGCACCGUCCAUCCGCUCCUCAUCACAACAUCUCUAUCAAUCCUCACUACCGGUUCAACGAACAUUACUAUCGUCACCCAUUUUAAAAAAUAACCCAACACCUAUAUCCAGUCGAUUCCUUUCCUUUUCUCAAGUCCGACACGCCUCCCACGCAACACAGGGAGCCGCGAACCAACAUUCCCGUGACCCCCCAGGGAAACGUCUCGGCGCGAAACGAACAGGCGGAGAAUAUGUCGUCCCAGGCUGCAUUAUUUUUAGGCAGCGCGGAUCGAAGUGGUACCCCGGUGAGAACUGUGCAAUGGGAAGGGACCAUACCAUCUACGCUACCGAAGCAGGGUAUGUGAGGUACUACCUCGAUCCCGAGAGACAUCCGGAUAAGAAGUAUAUCGGGGUCUGCUUUGAAAAGGACGGCGUGUUGCCUACACCGCGUAAUGCUCCGAGAAAGAGGCGAUUGAAUAGAGUCGCGGUUCCAAGAAUUACGGCUGGAGAGCCGGUAACAGCAGAUGGUACUGACCCUGAGGGCAGUGAAAGUGCCACGACGGGUCCAAAGCUGAGACCGGGAUAUAUGUAUCGUGAGUCGAACUGGGAAAUUGGACGCGCAGCAGAUCGGGCUGGUAUUACUGUUCCAGAAUACAAUCGGAAGAACCGUUGGCUCGCUUGGCGGAAGAGGCAGGCUCGUGCUGAACGGGCUGCCCAGAUGAAGAGUAUCAAGGGCAAGAAGAAGGCUUCAAAAAAGAGCAAGGGUCGUGGUUAGUUUCUUGUAUCCGUGCUUUGGUCGUGUCCUAUGAGAUUCAUGGGUUAUGUGUAUAAUAUUCAACAGUCAGCAAGUAUUUUCGAGUCUCAUGUUGUACAAUGAACUGUGAGACUACUUCUUCGUUUAGCCAUGUUUUUUAUCCCUCUCUGUUCCCUAAGAACUUACAUAAUAAGACACUAGAUAUUUG